ACCAAAUCCAGCCCGGCUUUUCCCAUCCAGUGUUGUUUCUUCUCCCGUCCAGUUUGUUCUUCGCCUGUCCGAACUCCUUCUUAUCUUAUCUACACAAACUGCCUCAUCAAUUAAUGAAAAUAGCAAGUUAUGGAUUGGCUGAUGAUGAAUUCCCAAAUGCAAGGAACCUUUCCUGGCUUAGGCUCAAAAGUUGGAGAAGUCUACGUGCCCAGUGAUGACUGUCUUGAAAUCCUGAAAGAAAUGCUUCAAAAAAUAUCAGUUGAGGACAGAACUCUUCGAACCUUAAGGAGGUCCAUUGGCUUUUCACAAGUAGUUAAAAAGGAGAUAUUGCCACUUCUUAUCAAUGUCAAAGACGACAGAAAAAUCAUUGAUACUUCAAUAAAGGUUCUGGCUAAUUUAACAAUGCCUGUGGAAUGUUUAUUACCGAUUGAGGUCAUGUCAAAAACCGAAGCUGGAAGAAAUACCAUCAAUGAAUUGAAUUGGCUUCUGAUUUCAAGCAAAGAAGCGUUCUUAGAACCCAGAGUUACAAGAAGAAUAGUUGAUCAUAUAAAAGACAUUCUAUACAAGGGCGAUGAGCUUAGCGAGGAAGACUGCGAGACUCUCAAUGACUCUAUAGUCCUUCUCCGCAAUAUUCUCCACAUUCCGAACGGAAUAUUGAUUGGAGGAGAAGGCUUUUCAGAACAAAAUCACAUUCUCUGGAACCUCUUUGCUCAAAAUUUUGAUAAGGUUCUGAUUGAACUGUUGACUGUUCAUGGAAGAGAUGAGUGGAGGACUUCAAUCGCUCAAUUGAUUGUCUUGUUGUAUAAGGAUCAGAGAGUGACCACAUUGCAGAAGUUUCUCACUCUCUGGUUUGAAAGUUCUGAACUGAGCGAAAGUUCUGAAGACAAUGAGAGUAACACUUCUCCUCCUGGAGGUAACUCUUCUUCUUCGAUGAUUACUUCUGAUCCAACUGAUUCAUCAGAUAAUAGCGGUUGUGAUCAUAAACCUGAAAUGAAACAAGCUGGUAAAAGAAAACAGUCCAUUAAGCAGCAAACUUCUAAAAAACGCGAUACAUGGGAUAUGUGGAUUGAUGGAGACCAACAAAUGGAACACAGCCAGAUGUCAGAUUGCGGUUAUGGAACAUUAGCCGAGAACCAGGAAUCGAUAUCAACUUCAAGUAAUGAAGAUGAUUCGCUUAACAACCGAGUGGUAAAACCAGUUCAUCAAAAGCCUUCAAACAUGAUCCAAAAAAGCAGAUUCCUCAAUGGUAAAACACAACUAUCGCAACAAGAUAAAGCAGAACUGAAAAGGAAAAAACUUAUGAAGCGGUUUCGAACAAAUAUUGUCAAUAUAAAAGCUCUUUUGCAUCACACACCAACUGAGGAUGAUAUUACUCAUAUUUUAAAAGAAUUCACAGUUGAUUUUUUAUUGAAAGCAUUUGGAACAGUUAUCACCGAGCUUCGUAAUCAGUUGUUAAUGAAUCAAUCUUUGGACAGAACCCACUUUUUCUGGCUUAUCUCUUAUUUUUUGAAGUUUGCUGUUCAGCUUGAAAUCGAUCUUGAACAUAUCAGGGAUGUCCUGUCACUUGAUUUAAUAUCAUUUCUAACUUAUGAAGGAGCAAAUCUUUGCGAACAGUUUGAACAAGUCAAGACUCAAACAGAAUAUGAUUUUUCACCGUACCUUAUAAAAAUACAUCUUAUUGUAACUUCAAUCCGAGAACUUCUGCAGGCAAUAAGUGCUUACAAGAAAAUCAAACAUAAUAACUGGGAAGAUAAUGAAUAUCUUGAUAAUAUUCACAGUGCUAUUUCUGAAACAGAAGAUCUUCGGUGUCUGUUUGUUCUUUUAUUGAGACAGUUCAACCCAACUAUUCAUAGCAAGCAGUACCUUCGAGAUGUAAUUGUCACAAACCAUAUUCUGCUGACAUUUAUUGAAAAUUCUCUCCUACCUGGUUCAAAUGCUGUUUUACAAAAUCAUAUGAAAUUGUUUGUACCUGUUGAAAUGAUGCGACAGUAUGGAUACCUAUUGGAAUAUUUUGAAGAAAAUGGAAAUUUUGUAAAUGACUGUGUGUUCACUAUGAUGCACCAUGUCGCUGGAGAUUUAGAACAUGUAACAGCAUUAUUUCAACCGACAAUACUAAAAACAUUUAGUAUAAUUUGGGAAUCUGAGUUCCAGAUCUGUGAUGAUUGGGCAGACCUUAUAGAGUUUGUGAUUCAUAAAUUUAUCAACACCCCUAGGUCGAUUCCUCUUAUUCUUCACUCGAAAGAAGUCGACGUGCCAGCUUCUAACCACCAGAAGAAUCAAUGGAAUGAAGAAAAUUGCGACAAUCUUUACUGGUAUUACAUGCAGAGUGCCAAUUGUGUAGAUCCAAUAGGCAAUGUUAUUAAUUUAUAUACUGAAGCUGGUAUCAGCAAUAAAACAAGGAUUGGGGUAAUUGAACAACUUUUAAAACAAGAUGUAAUCAAUGGCCUCCAAUACGACGAAUUGAUGAAGAAGGAACCAAUCUCUAGGAGUGUUAAAAUUGAAAACAUGAAGGAAGUACCCCAGUCCAAGGAUGAAAUUGAAAUAUUGAAAGAGCAUCUGAUAAAGGAAGAAAAAGUGGGAGUAGGGUUUAUAACUUGGCUUCAGAAAGUUCUUCUUGAAACGUGCUAUGCAAAGUUGUUUCUCGACAAGAAGAGUAAUAAUACGCUCGAACCCGUGCCGUACUAUUCCACUAUCCUGAAGGAAGCUGUUCCUAUCGUGGCCUGGUCCUGCGAACAGAAAGGACUAAUGCAGUCGCAGGUGUUCCUUCUCCUUCUUCAUAAACUUGGUUUGCACCUUCCUGUUGAUGCUGGAAAAGUGUUUGCCCGUAUUCCUUCAACAUGGAGUCCUCAAACUCUCUACAAAACUGCUACCAGGCUUGGUCCAAUCAGACAAGAUUGGAAAAAGUUUGAUAUUUAUUCAUUGAAUAUUAAUCAUGAUUCAUCGGAUGACAAUUUAAAUGUGAAGACUGAAAAGGACUUAUGAGUGAUUCAAUCUUCUAAGAACAGGGAAAACUUCAAGAUGUAAAUCUGUUUAAUGUUCCUGUCUAAAAGCUUGAGAAAUUAUGAAUUUUCAUAAUUUUUGGAAAUCAUAUAUUUAUGUUUGUUUUUUUUUUUGUUUGUGCAUUGGAUCUCAGUAGUUAGCAUUUGUAUUUAUGAAAGUUUAUUUUUUUGUACCUUAUAUAUAAAACUUAGUUUAAGCAGGUUUAAAUAAAUACUUUGUUCAUACCUGAAAUCUACAUUGUAUUGAUGUAUAUUUUUGUCAUGUUAAUACUUAAAAAACAAAGCUAAGGCUGUGGUAGAAUUUAAUUUUGUUCUUACCUCAUCAAUUAAUCAUAAGAACUGUUAUAAGGAAAAUAGUUACUUUAUUAAUUUAUUUUUAUGAUUAGAAACUCUUUUCAAUACUGAUUGAAUUAGUUUCAAAUUGUAGAGUAUUACAUUAGUGAUAAUGUUAAAUACAUUAAUAUUUUAAGUGAUUAAUUCGUUCAUAGUAUGGAAUAUUCAUUGUAAAAAAAGAAACAAAAAAAAAAACCAUUUGGAAAAAUCUACAAAGCAAAAAUAUAUUUUACUGAAGAUUUAAAAUGAUUAUCAUUAUUAUUGUUUUUCAUAAUAUGAAAAAUUCAUUGCAAAAUGGCUAUUCGGGGAAAACUAUAAAGAAAAAUGUUUCCUAGAAAAUAAAGUUUUAUAGCCAUUGACAGUACUUUUAUAAGAACAAAAAAAAAAAUUUAGUUUUAAGUUAAUGUAAAUAUAUUAUUGAUAACUAGUAUUAUUUAAUUUUUAAUUUUGUGCUCAUUAUAAUUAUUUAGUUUUAAAUGUUUGAAAAUGGUUAGAAAUUUGGUACCAAUGAAUAAAGUUAAGUUUAUUAUCUGCUUAAAUGUAAAAAAAUCAAUUCAUUAUUCUCAAAUAAAAAUAAUAUGAACAUAA